CUUGUUCCAGUGGUUGAAUGUGGACUUUAUGUCAGACGAUCCGCAGUAUGCCAGUCUGUUUUUGCAAUCCGAAUCGGACGAUCUAAUCAUUUCGGAAGAUGUGCGUCAUGGAUCCUCCGACAGCACCACCGAUCCGUCCAAUGAUGUCGAAGACUUUCUCCCCUUGGACCGUUCAGACGGUGUAGAGGAAGGAGACGAGGAUGACGAAGGGCAGGUCGAAGAAGAUAGCGCUCACGAAGCCACCACCCUUCGCAUUUACGAAUCGACCCAUCCAGGGCACAUUCAAAAACAACAAGGCGCUCGAGAAAUAGGCGAACAAGAUGCAGUGUGGUUCGUGUCAACAUUCCGUAUGAACUGGGGACUGGCCAAAAUGCGCGAUGACAAUCCAUUGACUUACUGGCAAUCCGAUUCUCCCAAUCCCAAAGAACCACAUACUAUUGACUUAUUCUUUCACCGCGCCACAUUCAUCAAGCAAGUGUCCUUCUUUAUGGAUUAUUUCCAGGAUGACAGUUACACGCCGAAAACAGUAUCGAUUCGAGGCGGCACUACCUACCGUGACUUGCAUGAGAUUGUACAAAUAGAAUGCGAAGAGACCGUGGGAUGGAAAAACGUGGAUUUGAGCGAAAUCGCAGGGGAGCCUGUGCGUGUUUUUCACCUCCAAAUUGCCAUUCUAAGUACGCACUUGAACGGAAGAGAUACCCAUAUUCGACAAUUGAAGAUCUACGCUGUGCCAUCGCCCGCCUCAGACGAAGCGUCCUAUGUGGACACAGAUAUCCCUUUCAGCCGAUCCAAGCGCGAAAAAACGAUGCGAUGAAAAAUAAUCACAUAAUAUUGCAUUUAUCUCCAUCAUUACUCUCUAUUGCAUAUGACAGUUUAUCAAAGCUUCAGAAUUCAAAACAGCACGCGUAUGGCACUUUAUUUGUCAUCAAGAUUUGUUUACCGACACUGAACCAUAUUCUCUACGCAUGAAUAAAGUCGACUUCUGAUGAGCAAAGAUUUAUCGAUCAUGCAUUGUGGCAAAAUUAAAAGUCAGCAACGGCAACCGUCCU